AUGUCCUUCUCUUCAUACGAGAGCGGUUACCGUGAGAGCCACCCCAAGUCAGACGUGAGCGAGACCUUCAGCCGGGGUGUCACAAGCACGGGUAGCAGCUUCACUUACAACAGCCACCUCCGCGACUCUGAAAUGAGCGGUGUCUCUCGUACCUCCACACGAGCCACCUCUCCUGACAUUAGCAGCAGCUUUAACCAGCCGUCGCUAAAGGAGAGUGUGAGCUACUCGACCCUGGCCGAGGAGAAUGAGGAGACCGAGGCUCACCUCUUGGAGAAGACUUACGCACACGAAUUGAUCUACAAGGAGGGCCAGGUGAUGGGUGGUAGUCUUCGUGCUUUGAUCGAGAAGCUCACCGCCCACCAAUCCACUCCUGAUGCGUUGUUUGUUUCCACCUUCUACCUCACAUUCCGUCUGUUUGCGACACCCUUGGAGUUUGCCGAGGCGUUGGCCGAACGCUUCGAGUACAUUGGAGAUACCCCACAUGCUGCCGGACCAGUCCGCCUGCGUGUUUACAAUAUCUUCAAAGGCUGGCUUGAGUCUCACUGGCGCCACGACCGGGACAACGAUGCCCUGGACUUCGUCGUAAAUUUCGCCAAGACUCGUCUUGCCUCCGAGCUACCUACCGCUGGUAAGCGUCUUUUAGAUCUUGCUGAGAAAGUCUCGGCCGUUCACGGACCGGUCGUGCCUCGCCUGGUCUCUUCCAUGGGCAAGACCAAUACUGCCAUUGCUCAAUACAUUCACCCCGAUACUCCUCUUCCUGCUCCUAUCCUUGGAAAGAAGGAAGCCAACUUGUUGAAGCAGUGGAAGACCGGUGAUGCCGCGAUCACCAUCCUUGACUUCGACCCACUGGAGUUGGCUCGUCAGUUGACUAUCAAGGAGUCCCGUAUUUUCUGUUCCAUUCUUCCUGAGGAACUCCUCGACACUGAAUGGAUGCGCAAAUCGGGCUCUCUGGCCGUCAACGUUCGCGCUAUGUCGACUCUCUCGACAGAUUUGGCUCACUUGGUCGCCGACUCUAUUCUCUACCUGGAGGAGCCGAAGAAGCGCGCGGCCACUAUUAAGCACUGGGUCAAGAUUGCAAACAAGUGCCUUGAGCUCAACAACUAUGACUCCCUCAUGGCUAUCAUCUGCUCUUUGAACUUAUCAAUGAUCUCCCGUCUGAAGCGAACAUGGGAUAUUGUGUCCCAGAAAACCAAGAACUCCCUGGAAUAUCUCCGUACCAUCGUGGAUGUAUCUCGGAACUACGCGGAGCUGCGCAAGCGUCUGCAGAACCAUGUUCCUCCGUGUCUUCCAUUUGUCGGUACCUACCUCACUGAUCUGACCUUUGUCGACCACGGCAAUCAGUCUCUUCGAACUCUCCCCACUGACGAUGGCGAGAUGGCCGUGAUCAACUUUGACAAGCACAUGAAGACAGCUCGCAUCAUAAGCGAACUCCAGCGCUUCCAGAUUCCUUACCGCUUGACCGAGGUUCCUGAGCUGCAGACUUGGAUGCAGAACGAACUUGUGCGUGUCCGGUCAAAUGGCGAGACCACAGCUCAAACCUUCUACCGCCGAUCCCUAGUCCUAGAACCCCGCGAGGGCUCUCGCAGCGGCACAAACCUGCAAGCGCAAGCUGCGGCACAGGCGGCCGCACAGCCUCAUUCCGAGUCCAACAACUCCACCAUCCUCGAAAAUGCCAAGGACAAAUUUGAUUUCCUCUCAUGGACCUACCCAUCAAAGCCGAAGUCCGUCGCGACCCACGGCUAA